AGUACUCAUGUUGCUUUACAUCACGAGCCUACAAUUGAAGAGAUGGAAUUUUAUGAAGAACUUAAGAAAGGUGAUUUUUUUAGUCUUUUAGAAUGAAUUUCUUUCUUCUACAAUUUAUUCCUUUAUGACUUUAUUUUGGCAACAAUAUUUCUUGUGUUUUUACUUUUUAUGUUUAGAAAUUUCAAAUGAAGGUGGACUUGAAAGGUCUAAAUUGCCUCCAAAAGUUACAAGAUAAGUGAAGAAGGUUUAAUAAUGAAGAUUCAUUCUUGCAUCUCAAAGAUGUGCCUACCAUUUUAAUUUUGGGUUGAUACUUGCAGUUUUUGGAAAGAUAAUUGCAAUUUUUUGGAAUGACACAUUUUUUGUUUAUUGCUUUUUUACAGUUUUUUUAUUGCAAAUUACUACAUUUCUCCCAAUUCUUUUGCUUGUAACUGUAGUUUAUUUAUUGUUUUACAUGUAGAAUGGGAUGGAUUCUGUCCACCAUCUCCGACGAAGUCUCCGAUCUGGUUAUCUCCUCUGUCUCCACCGCUUCUGAUCUCUGGAAGGUUAUUCACGAUCUGUUUCACGACAACAAGAACACUCGUGCCAUGCAACUAGAACACGAGUUCCGCACCACCGUCAAAGGCAACACCACCAUGGCGGCCUAUUGUCAACAUCUGCAAAAUCUUGCCGAUUGGCUAGACGACAUUGAUGCCCCGAUGUCCCAGCACCAACUUGUUCUUCAGAUGCUUCGUGGUCUCCCCGCGGAUCUGCAGGCCCAGACAUCUUUUCUUCAAUUUCAAGAUCCGCUGCCCACUUUUCUACAAGCCCGCUCCGCUCUCAUGUUAUUGGACCGGCAGCGGUCUCCCAUGGCCGACACCGGUAGCACGGCUCUUCUCGCCGGUCGGCCUGGCGCCAACAGCGGCGGUCGGCAGCCAUCCAGCGGCAGCAGCGGGGGGGCCCAGCACGGAGGCAGCUUCCAUGGCAGCGGGCUCCAGCACGGCGGCAGCUACGGUGAGGGCAGCUCCUUCGGACAGCGCAACGGCUAUGGACGUGGCGGCGGGCGAGGCAACGGCUCUCGGGGUAGAGGUCGUGGACGACAAAGCAGCUCGAGGCAACGGACUUAUCCCAGCGGACCCAAUGCCUGGAACUCACCUCACCCAAAUCAUAACUCGGGCCUAUUGGGCCCACGUCCCAUGUCUACCCCCCACCCUUUGUUAGCCUUGGUUUGCUAAAUCUCAUGUUUUGAUGUUAACAAACAAUAUAAGAGCUUAACGUUUGUUUAAGUGCUUCAGGUAAAACAAGAAUCCAUUAAGAUUCGGUACUCAAGAAUGAAGUCGAAACACUAAACUAGCGUAGAAUAUAGGUUGAAACCAAUG